AAAAUGGUUUAUUGACAGGCUGACAAAAUGUAGGUCAAGAGGUUGUUUACAUUUUUGAGGGAAAUUCACGCGCUAGGAAAUGUAAUACUUUGUAUUACAUUGGAAGGAAAUGUACAAGCGUAUGUACGCUUAUCAAACAAGCGCGGAAAAUACCGCCAGCAAAUUAAAAAUAGCACGAAGGGGCUUUCAUUCUAGUUAUGGCUUUCAUUUUGAAUGGACAAGAAGAAAAAUUUACGGAGUCUAAAACAUUAUUAGAGGAUUUGGAUUAAUACUAACGUUAGCACUGCACUGGAAUAAUUAGUUGGAUAUAUAACGCUGAAUUAUUUAUUUUUUCGUGAGCGACCAGCGGGAUUAUAUUCGGGUUUUGGGCUGGCCUUUGUCGUUGGGCCCGAUUAGAAAGGAGAGUCCAUAUCAUUAUCAACUUGAACUGUUAGUGUUAGUGGCCUUGUUCGCAUCUCUACUGGCAGGAGUACGUUGGCGAUCAUGCCAAAAGCGAAGAAGAAAUCCGUGGCCGGGAGGAAGAGGGGUGGCGAGACGGCGCCCAGGGCAACGUUACCUCCAAGUCAGGCGGAGAAUCCGAGAGCGGAUGCAGCGUUACCCCCAAGUCAGGCGAGGAAAAGUCCGAGGGCAAGGGCGAAGGCAACGUCAACGCCUGUCGGAGUGGGCCCCAGCGGCGCCGACGAUCAGGGCGGUGAGUUCAACCCUAACAUCAUUUGUAGAUCUAGAGCUAGUGGCAAUGAUGUACCUGAUAUCAGUACUGGUAGGCGCGCGGCCAUAUUAUGGCCGGAGAUUAUCGCACGAGAGUCGGUGCCCUCUGUGAGGGAGCAAUCGGAGAUUUCAUUGCAGGCUCAAUCGGUUGGGCAGGCUUCAUGCGAGGGUAAUAUGGCGGAGCGGACUGCGCCGCCAGUACCCCCUUCCGUGGUGGGGUCACCGGUGCCGUUUAUGAGCGCGGCUGAUCCGUUGGGUUCCGAAGUGGCAAUGUCGCUCAAGGAGAGAAUUUGGAGGAGUGAAUUUAUUGAUUUAGCCUUGCUUCUCAAACAGAAUGCUUAUGCACGGAGUGAUAGUGGGGCAUCCCAAGAGCUAGGUGAAGCCGUAUUUAGUCUGCGGCAGUCUGAAUCUGGGCUCUGGUUGCAAUUCCAACCUCGGGCAAAGAAUGAAGGCAUAUUUUCGGUGGAGCAUUGGACAUCCGUGUUCCUGGUGUUUGUGUCUAUUUAUUUGGAGAAGCACAUCGAGCGAAGCAGAGAGCUCAUCAAAUAUAUGGAUUUGAUUAGACACGCUUCUAGAGCAUUUGGGGGCCUUGGGUGGAGAGAGUAUGACAUACAGUUUAGGCUAAAGCAAGCGCGACUGCCCGGCCGAUCUUGGGCAAGCGUGGAUGCUGAAUUGUGGUUGAUGGUGGUUGCGUCCCAUGGGCCUCGCUCCUCCGCCUUUCGUCAGCAGUACGAUUAGUCGAGGGAUGCAAGCGCCGCACAUCAAGGAGAGACGCUAGGCAUCCUAUCACAUUACCCGUUUUGAACCAAAUGUUGACCGAUUUGGAACAUGUUUGUGUUAGCACUUAUGAAGUGUUAUUAUACUCUGCCGCAUUUUGUUUGGCAUUUUAUGGUUUUUUACGAAUUAGUGAAUUCACAGUGGUAUCACGGCAUAGGCGGGAUCGAAUGCUGCGUUUCACGGACGUGGCAGUCACCGGCAGUGCACCACAUCGCCGGGUGAAGCUCUCUUUAAAGGGAAUCAAAAACUGAUCCGAGGGGAAACGGUUGCACCAUUUCAAUACACGAAAUUGAGGCGGGUAGUUGUCCCGUAAAGGCGGUCCUUAGAUAUUUGAAAAUGCGCCCGGGAAGUGGGGAGGCUUUCUUUUGCUCAUAUGGUUCACUUCCUCUCACCAGGCAUGGGUUCAG